CCGGAAUCAUAACAACAGUUAGGUAAGACGACACAGGAUCAGCUGACUUUUGGAGACUCUGUUUAGAAGUGUCCACAUACCAUUGGCUACACAUUUAAGAAUUUAUGAUGCUAGGUAGAAUCACAUCAUGCCUAGCCACAAGAGGCCUGCAGAGGAUACUAAUCUCCAGAACUCCAGCAUCUGUGGAAAGAUUACAAUGGAGCAGUAUACCCAGAGAAGUAUCUACAUCAAUGUCAACUUUCCAACAACAUGAACAAAGUAUUCAAGACGAGAACACAGAUUUCACAGCCGGAAAUGGCAAAGAAACUACGUAUGUUGAAGAGGAGGUGGCAAAGUUUAGGUUAAUGGCAAGCUCGUGGUGGGACCCUCAUGGCGACUGCAAGCCCCUCCAUUCCCUGAAUAAAUUAAGAGUGUCUAUGAUCUGUGAUGGCUUAAUACAGUCUGGUAUUGCCAAGCCAGAGUAUGUAGAGGGUCCCACUCCCUUAAAAGGACUGAAAAUUCUCGAUGUUGGAUGUGGUGGUGGGAUUUUAUGCGAGCCCUUAGCCAGGUUGGGAGCAUCAGUCGUAGGUCUUGAUGCAGCGGAAGAGAAUAUCACCGUUGCCAAGCUGCAUGCAGAACAAGAUCCAAAAGUACACCGGAAUGUUGAGUAUCUAUAUGGGACUAUAGAAGAGCACGCGGAAACAGUAAACGUGUCCUAUGAUGCGGUAAUAGCAUCUGAAGUUUUAGAACAUGUGGAGUCGACAGAUCUUUUCUUAAGCACGUGUGCGCAGACAAUCAAGCCUGGUGGUUCAUUUUUCAUAACAACCAUCAACAAGACCCCAUUUUCUUGGGUUGGAGGAAUCGCUAUAGCAGAGUAUGUUCUCCAUCUUCUGCCUCCUGGGACUCACGACUGGAAUAAGUUCAUCCCUCGUCAGGAGCUUCUGUUUGUGCUCGAGAAAUAUGGAUUUGUUACGCGACUUGUGCACGGCAUGGGCUAUAAUCCUUUGACCAAUAACUGGUUUUGGCUUUCCGAUACCUCAAUUAAUUAUGCAGUCCAUUGCGUCAAAGAAAAAUGAAGGACGUCAAUGUUUUUUUUAAGUAUUAACAUAUGUCUAUGAUGAAUGUGUAUAUUUUUGCCUGAUUAAAGAUACGAUGUGA